CGCUGCCGGUGCAGAUGCACAAGCUCGCGUCCCUCUCGGCCGAGCUAAAGAGCAAGGUCCAGGACGCCGGUUCCGCUCUCUCCGACGUGCGAAGCCGCGUCACUCAGCAGGUGAUUGACGCGGCGGGUGGCGGUGCGGCCGAAGAGGACGAGAUCCCGGAGCUGCAGCAGCACGUGCUCUACCGCAACGUCUUCCAGCCGGUCCGGCGCGAGGUGGAGGGGAGGAAGGACUUCGAGCGGCGGCUCGCCGACCGCAAAAAGGAGCGGCUCUGCAGCAGGGCUGGUGGCAGAGCACAGGGGCGAGAGGAGGCGUUCCGGCGCAAGCAGGUCGGGCUGCUGCAGUCAGACCCGACGAACAAGUCGGUCUACGAGGGCAGCCAUGCGCCGGCAGGCGUCUCGGCCCGCAACCUCGAGGCGGCCGCCAAGACGUUUGCGCGCCACUCGGAGGGCGUCGCUCGCGACGUGGCGGCGGUCAACGCUGAGCGUCAGCAGAUGCUCUCGGUCGCUUUUGCCGGCCUCGUGCUCUCGCAGCUCGAGUUCUUCUCCUCAUCGGCGGGCGCCCUCGAGGACGUGGUCGUUGCCGCGUCGGCGGGCGGCGGAGGCUCCGCCACGCUCGAGCGCGAUUGGGCGCGGAUGCGCGGCGAGAUGGCGCAGCUAGUCGCGAACGCGCAGCAGCAGCAGGCCGACAAGGCGGCGGCGGCGGCGGCGAGGGAGGGCGAGCGUCCCACGCGCAGCGGCGGCAGCCGCUCCUCCUCCACUUCGCAGCCGCUGCCCGACACGCGGCCGAGCUCGUACGUCCCUCCCGCCACACCCUCCGCGCCAGCCUCCCACGCGGCGCCAUCGCGCCCCUCGCCGCCGCCGCCGCCGCCGCCUCCGCCGGCCGCGGCUGACCCGUUUGGGCUCGAGGGUGACUUGCUUGGCGGUGGCGGCGCGCCGCCCCAGGCACGGCAGGCAGCGGUGACGCCGCCGCCGAUGCACGAGCCGUCGAUCGACUUGUUGGGCGGCGGUGGCACGCCCGCAAGCUCCGGCUCCGCGGCCAACCUCGACUUGAUGGGCGGCUCGGGCGGCUCGGCGAUGGAUGACCUCUUCGCCAUGGCUGCGCCGCCCGCCCUCACCCCCACGAUGGCCGCGCCAACGCCGAGUGGCGGCGGGAGCGCGGGGUCCAACUCCGACUUCGACGACUGGAUGAAUGGCGGCAAGCCGGCGGCGGCCCCCGCGCGAGGGCUGGUAUCGGGCGGCGGCGGCAGCGGCGGCCGCGGAAGCGAUCUGAUGGGCGGGAUGGGAGGCGGCGGCGCGGACCUGCUCGGCGGGAUGGGGUCGGCCGAUUUGCUGAGCGGGAUGGGGAACGGGCGGCCCGCGGCGGCGCCGGGCGUCGGCCGCGCGGGCAGCAUCACCGGUCCGGACGGGCGGCCGCUGUCUCGCGAGCAGCUUGCGGCAAGGCGGGAGGCGGAGAAGCAGGCUGCCAUCGCGGCCAAGGUGCAGGAGCAGCGCGCGCGCGAGGCAAAGGUGGAGGCGGACCGCGACCGAGAGCACGACCUCGAGAAGACCGUCACAGCGCGCGUGCAGCAGUGGCAGCGCGACAAGAAGAACUUGCGUGCGCUGCUCGCGUCGCUGCACGAGAUCGCUCCGCCAUGCUCGUGGAAGCCGAUGACGCUGGGCCAGCUGAUCGAGCCGUCGGCGUGCAAGAAGGCGUACCACAAGGCGCUGCUCGCCGUCCUGGCGCAGCACAUCUUCGACGCAUUGCGCGAUGCGUGGCACGUCUACCAGCAGACCGGCUGA